AAUUUCAUCAUUGCAAUGUGUCAAAUCAAAAUAAACGUAAUGAAAUUCAAAGAGGCUAUGCCAAGAUUUAAUGAAUAUAAAAUAACCUUUGUUAUGGUGUAGUUUGUUGUGCUAUAAUUGCCUUUCCUAUAAUUAGUUCGAUUUAGUAUUUAGAAUUUGUCAUUAUGAAAGUUCCUCGAGGUGCUUUGAUUGUGAUCGAAGGAUUGGAUAGAACUGGAAAAACUACGCAGUGCAAGCGUUUAGUUUCAAAUCUAAUCGAGGCACAAGUCAAAACAGAAUACACUAACUUCCCAAAUAGGAACACUGAAGUCGGUGCUGUUAUCUGUAACUACCUAAACUCUAAGAACAGUUUAACAAAUGAAGCCAUACACCUUCUAUUCUCAGCAAAUCGUUGGGAAAAAGCUGAAGAAAUAAUCAAAACUCUCCAGGAAGGAGUCACUCUUAUUGUUGACCGAUACUGCUAUUCUGGUGUUGCAUAUUCUGCUGCAAAAGGUCUAGAUAUUGAUUGGUGUAAAUCACCAGAUGUUGGUUUACCAAAACCAGAUAAAGUGUUCUUCUUUACUAUGCCUCUAGAUCAAAUUGAAGAAAGAAAAGGAUAUGGAAAUGAAAAAUAUGAAGUGUCUGAUUUCCAAAAAAAAGUUGGUGAAAUGUUUAUGAAAUUGAAAGACGAUUCAUGGGAAAUCUUAGAUGCUAACAGGAGUGUUGAUGAUAUUGAAAAGGAGUUACUACAACGAAUAUUGCAAGUUUUGAAGGAAAUUGAAAAGAAACCAUUGGGUAAAGUAUGGUUAUGAAAUAAUGCCAGUGUUUGCAAUGACUGGUAAGUUAGAACAAUAGAGCUCUUCACUAUGGCCAAUGGUUCUUCUAAUUCAACAAAAUAAAAACUAUAAUAUUUCAGUCAUUUCAUUUUUCAUAAAGCACGGUAUUUGUAAGGCCAAUGGUUGAAUAUUAUAAAUUAUUUUUUAUAUAUUGUGAAUUUGUCAAAAAUAAUACUUAAAGUUUUUUGUACACAUGGCUUAUGUAAUGUUACCAUAAUACGUCAGUUCAAUUUCAGUUUUGUAUAACCUGGCGUGCUAUUGACUGUACCUAUACAUACAACUCUUACAUUGUGAAAAAUAAAAACGUUAUUACACACACAUUCAUGAUUGAGUAACCAAUUUCUGUAGUAAUAGUUUAUGAAGUGUAAGUCCAUAAUUAAAAUAUUUAAAUGU